AUGGCGAACUUCGAGCUGCCGCUGGGCGACGACCUGAUGCGCGACCGCGCGCGCAUGUUCGGCGAGUUCCUGGACGACGAGACCAACUACCGUGACGCCGCGCGCAAGAUGCUGCACCAGGGCCGGUGCCGCCUCGUCAUCAACGUCGACGACCUGCGCUCGUACAACCGCGCCUACGCCACGGGCCUGCUCGACGAGCCCAACGAGUACCUGCCGGCAUUCGACAUGGCGUUGCGUGCCCUCGUCGGCAUCCUGAACGCCAAGGAGGAGGACCUCUCCGAGAGGCAGUUCUACAUCGGCCUGCGCGGCAGCUUCGGCGACCACCACGUGAACCCGCGCACGCUGCGCAGCCAGCACCUGGGCAAGAUGAUGAGCUUGGAGGGCAUUGUGACGAAGUGCUCGCUCGUGCGGCCAAAGAUCCUCAGGUCGGUGCACUACUGCGAGGAGACGAUGCGCUUCCACGCGCGCGAGUACCGCGAUGCGACGAUGUACGGCAAUGCGCCGCCCUCGACGGCCGCGUACCCGACCGAGGACGGCGACGGGCACCGCCUGACGACCGAGUACGGCUACAGCAUCUACCGCGACCACCAGAUGGUCAGCAUCCAGGAGAUGCCGGAGCGCGCGCCACCCGGGCAGCUGCCGCGCUCCAUCGACGUCGUCAUGGACGACGACCUCGUGGACCAGUGCAAGCCGGGCGACCGCAUCCAGCUCGUCGGCAUGUACCGCAGCAUGGGCAACCGCGUGGGCCAGAGCACGAGCUCGACGUUCCGCACGCUGAUGAUCGGCAACAACCUCAACCUGCUCUCCUCCAAGGCCGGCGGCGGCAUCGCGCAGGCGCACAUCACCGACACGGACGUGCGCAACAUCAACAAGAUCGCCAAGCGCCGCAACAUCUUCCAGCUGCUCUCGCAGUCGCUGGCGCCGUCGAUCUACGGGCACGACUACAUCAAGAAGGCCAUUCUGCUGCUGCUGCUCGGCGGCAUGGAGAAGAACCUGCCGAACGGCACGCACAUCCGCGGUGACAUCAACAUCCUCAUGGUCGGCGAUCCGUCGACGGCCAAGUCGCAGAUGCUGCGCUUCGUGCUCAACACGGCGCCGCUGGCCAUCGCCACGACGGGCCGCGGCAGCUCCGGCGUCGGUCUGACGGCGGCGGUGACGAGCGACAAGGAGACGGGCGAGCGGCGCCUCGAGGCCGGCGCCAUGGUCCUGGCCGACCGCGGCGUCGUGUGCAUCGACGAGUUCGACAAGAUGAGCGACGUCGACCGCGUCGCCAUCCACGAAGUGAUGGAGCAGCAGACGGUGACCAUCGCCAAGGCCGGCAUUCACACCAGCCUGAACGCGCGCUGCAGUGUCGUCGCCGCCGCGAACCCGAUCUACGGCCAGUACGACGUGCACAAGGACCCGCACAAGAAUAUCGCGCUGCCCGACUCGCUGCUCUCGCGUUUCGACCUGCUGUUCGUCGUGACCGACGACGUCGACGAGCAGCGCGACCGCAUGAUCAGCGAGCACGUGCUGCGCAUGCACCGCUACCUGCAGCCGGGCCUCGACGAGGGCCAGCCGGCGGCCGACAGCCUCGACCAGGCACUCAACGUCGGCGCGCCCGACGGCACAGACGCCGACGGUGCGGCCAUGCUGGGCGACUCGAGCCCGUUCGAGAAGUACAACCCGCUGCUGCACGCCGGCGUGACCGCCUCGGGCAGCGCCAAGAAGCGCGAGGUGCUGAGCAUGGCGUUCGUCAAGAAGUACAUCCAGUACGCCAAGCAGCGCAUCCAGCCCGCGCUCUCCAAGGGCGCGGCCGAGUGGAUCGUCAACGUGUACGCCAACCUGCGCAACGACGAGAUGUCGGGCAACCAGCGCAAGACGAGCCCGCUGACGGCGCGCACGCUCGAGACGCUCAUCCGUCUCUCCACGGCGCAUGCCAAGGCGCGCCUCAGCAGCACCGUCGACGAGCGUGAUGCUGAGGCGGCCGAGGAGAUUCUGCGCUUUGCUCUCUUCAAGGAGGUCAUCACGUCGCGCCGGCAGAACAAGCGGCAGCGCACCGCCAACGGCAGCCGCUCGCCCGAGGGCGACAGCGACCUGGACGACGAUGCCGACGUGCCCGAGGUCGAAGCUGCGCCGUACAAGGGCACCGGCGCGUACAGCACGCGCGGCGCCACGCGCAACGGAGCAGCAGCCAAGGACGUCUCGCCCGUCGCCUCGCUCGACGACGACGCCAUGGACGAGGACGCAGAGGCUGCCAUGGAGGAGGCCGACGCAGAGGCUGUGCUGCGGGUCGGUGUGCCGCCCGCCGAGGCAGCUGCUGCCCCUGCCGCGGCCGCGUCGAUCAGCGAGGCGCGCCUGGGCUCGUUCCGGGAUCGCAUGGCCGCCGUCAUGUCCUCGGGCGGCUCGAUGGCCGAGGAGGAGGCCUUCUCGCUCGACGCCCUCCUGCCGGCCGUCAACCACGGCCUGCCGUCGAACGACCUCUUCAGCAGCGCCGAGGCGCGCGCGGCGCUGCAGCAGAUGAGCGACGCCGACCAGAUCAUGCUCGAUGCCGAGGGCGUCAUCUACCGCAUCUAG